ACAUUCCUGGUGGCCCUUAUCCCCUUACAACUGAGUUCCUCCUUCUCAUUAGAGCAGCUGAGCUGUCUGAUUGGAAGUAUGUUUGUAGCUGCCACCUUCUGUGGUAUCUACUUGUACACCAUGGAGCUUGCUCCAACUUCUCACAGAGGCAAGAUGCUGGGUUACAGCUCCUUUGCUGCAAGGAUAGGAUCGUUCUGUGGUCCCCAAGCGUCCCUGUUGUUCUCCUGGAACAAGCCCGGAACUCUGAUACUGUUCGCAGUACUAGCUGCAUCAGCUGGACUGCUCUGUUACAGAUUACCGGACACUAAGGAUGUUCCUACUCCUAGCACUGCAGCCGAGGUACAACGACGAAAAGAUGAGAAAGAUGGCAGGGUACAAGCUACUGUGGUAGAAAACAAAUAUGCUGCUGAACUGCCCUAAUUGCAGUUUCAAUUAUCUGUCUCACGUGACGAGACUGUAUUUAGGAAACUGUGUUAUGUGGGGAAACUAACCGUUCUCUAGAUUUUACUAUCAACAAGACUGUAGUA